CCAGAGUCCACCACCCAGAUAGCUCUCCACAUUGUAUUCUUCGUUCUCUACGCGCAGAAUGACUUCAAUGGAAGCACCGCGGGCUAUUAAGAAGCGCAAGCUCUUGGACAAGACAUUACCCAACGUCAUACUUGAGGACGAAGAGUUCACGGUUGACUCAAAGAUGUACCAGGAACUGCUGGAUAUGGAGAAGCGACUCGACUGGACGAUGACGCGGAAGAAGGUCGAGGUGCAGGACGCGCUGGGCAGGCCUGUCACGGCGACGAGAACGCUGAGGCUUUUUCUGAGCCAUACAGUCUCCGGGCAGGAGUGGCAGAAGACCGAGGGGGUGGGGGAGGAUGUGAAUUUCGAGACGGGGGACGGUAUUCCGGCAUGGCAGUUGAAGAUUGAGGGGCGUCUGCUCGAGGUUCCUCACCAGCGGUCGAAGGACAAAGCUCCGCCCCGGAAGUUCUCCACCUUCAUCAAGCAGAUGAUCGUCGAAAUGGACCGCGACCCUGCGCUUUACCCUGACGGUAACAUCGUUGAAUGGCUGCGGAGACCGAACCAAGAAGCAUUGGACGGGUUCACGAUACGACGGACAGGCGACAAGCCCGUCAAGUUACGAAUAUUAAUGUACCUGGAGCACCAACCAGAACAGUUCAAGGUAGCGCCAGAACUAGGCAACGUGCUGGGUAUCAAAGAGGAUACGCGACUCGGAGUCAUCCAGGCUUUGUGGAAUUACAUCAAAAUCAAGAAUCUGCAGGGUAAGAUAGACAGGAAGAUGAUCGAGCUGGAUGAGUACCUCCGGCAGGCGUUCCGCGUGGAUGUGAUCGAGUUUCUGAAGCUGCCCGAGGCUGUCGACAAAUUCCUCAUGCCGCCGGACCCCAUCAUCCUGCACUAUACCAUAAACCCGUCGAUACAGCCGCCCGAAAGGCCGAGCGCGUACGACGUAGAGGUCAAGAUGGACGAUGUGAACCUCAAAGCGCGGAUGAGCAACGUCGUGGUGAACAUGACAUCGGAGAGCAGCCGGGAGCUGACGAAGCUCGACGAAGAGAUUGCGCUGCACGUCCAGUCCCUGCACAACUCGCACAUCAAGCGGACCUUCCUGCGCUCGUUCGCGAAGGACCCGGCGGAGUUCGUCCAGACGUGGCUCGCGUCGCAGUCGCGCGACCUCGAGAGCGUGCUGGGCAGCGGCCCGAGCGAGGGCGCGACCGUGCGGCAGGAGGAGCUCAAGCGGAGCGAGUUCUUCCGCCUGCCGUGGGUCGAGGAGGCGGUCGCGGUGCAAGAGGGGAUGCGGUUGGCGUCCAGGAUCGGCGUCAUGCAGUGACCUUCGGCUGUCUGAUUCUUUUGCAGGAGCUGUUAUAUAUCUUGUCUGUGUACUAUGUG